UUUUAUGUCAGAGGAGUAAGGUGAGGGACGGGGUCACCGCUUCAUAAAUACCCGGAGACUCUGGAUAGACCUUGGCGGAGUAAACGGGCCUACUGCCAGACAAAGUUCUCACACAGGACAGGAGUACCGAUUUUUCCUGCAGACUUUGUACCCAAACAGAUUCCUGUCUUACUACCGUGAAACUUGUGGCUCCUCUAUUUUUUUUUUAUGGAAAGUUUAUGAAUCCGUAUUUGUAGACUUUUAGAGAAUUUUUUUUCUUAUUUUUUUCCCCCCUCAGAGAUUGCUAUGUAGUUCAUCCUCUCGUCUCUAAGAGAGCAAUUUGCCAGGAUGACAGCGCUUUGUACUCCUCUGAGCCGCGCACUUUUCGCACUUGCUUGGAGUAGUCUGAGUUUUCUUUCCUGCGCUCAAUGCGCCCUCACUGACAACCAUGUGCACUCCAGCUUUAUUUACAGGAGGUUGCGCAAUCACGAGCGCAGGGAGAUCCAGAGAGAGAUCCUUUCCAUCCUGGGUUUGCCUCACCGUCCGAGGCCCUUCUCUCCCGGGAAACAGGCGUCCUCCGCACCGCUCUUCAUGCUCGACCUAUACAACGCCAUGGCCGUGGAGGAGGAGGAAGGGGUGGCGGUGUUGAACCGGAGCGUAGGGAAGAGCUUCAGUGCCAAAGCUCAAGGGCACUCCAAGAAAAGUUACUACAACCCGCAGCACGCCGGCUACUCCCGUGUGCCGCAGCCCUACAGAGCGGCCCCUCUGCUGGGGCACAGUCCUUCACUAACCACGGCGCACGACACCAAUUUCCUCAAUGAUGCUGAUAUGGUUAUGAGCUUUGUCAAUUUAGUGGAGAAAGAUAAAGAUUUUUCUCACCAAAGAAGACACUACAAGGAGUUCCGUUUUGACCUGACUCAGAUCCCAGAUGGAGAGGCGGUGACCGCAGCAGAAUUUAGGAUCUAUAAGGACCGCAGUCACGCUCGCUACAGCAAUAUCACCCUGAAGGUUUCCAUAUAUCAAGUUAUCAAAGAAUAUCAUAACAAAGAUGCGGAGACAUUUUUGCUCGACUCCAAAAAGGUGCAGGCGUCUAACGGGGGCUGGCUUGUGUUUGAUAUAACAGCCACCAGUAACCAUUGGGUGAUAAAUCCACAGCAAAAUUUUGGUCUUCAGCUCUGUGUGGAAAUGAUGGAUGGAAGGAGCAUCAACAUAAAAUCUGCUGGAAUCAUCGGGAGGAACGGGCCUCAGUCCAAACAGCCAUUUGUCGUUGCUUUCUUCAAGGCCAGUGGAAUUCUGCUCCGCUCUGUGAGAGCUGCUGGCGGAAAGAAAAAGAACCACAAUCGCAAUAAAUCAACUAAUCAACAAGAAUCAUCAAGGAUGUCAAAACCUGGAGACUAUAACACAAGUGAACAAAAGCAGGCCUGCAAAAAGCAUGAGCUCUAUGUCAGCUUUCGAGAUUUGGGGUGGCAGGAUUGGAUCAUUGCACCGGAGGGCUAUGCUGCUUUUUAUUGUGACGGUGAAUGCUCUUUUCCACUUAAUGCUCAAAUGAAUGCAACAAAUCAUGCUAUUGUGCAAACCCUGGUACAUUUAAUGUUUCCUGACAACGUGCCAAAGCCCUGCUGUGCCCCAACCAAGCUCAACGCAAUAUCAGUGCUGUACUUUGAUGACAGCUCUAAUGUUAUUCUGAAAAAAUACAGAAAUAUGGUUGUCAGAUCAUGUGGGUGCCAUUAGUUUUGACGCAGUUUAAUUUUUGGAGCCUGAAAUGGAAAUUGCUGGGAAGCACAUCUGUUGCAGGUGUGAUUGGAUGUACAGUAUUAUGUAUAUAAAGUUUUCUUGGUUAAUUUAUUUCCCUUUAAACGAAUAGCACUGAAUACUGUAAUAUUUAAGUGACUAGUACAAAAUGAUAUUUGACUUUAUGUGCAUAAUCUUUUCCCUUGUGUGUCCU